AUGAUGCACGCGGUGUCGUAUUCUCGUGAAAUCGCUGCUAAGCUUCCCGAAUACAUAUCAUCUCUGGAAGACGAAAUUAGUCGCCUUGAAGAGAGGAAGGAAAUUCGGUGGAUGCGCAAAAGGAUGCAGGAGAUAAACGCAGCCGAAUUCGAGAACCGAAGAUCAAGAGGCGAAAAGAACAAGCUGAUCGACCACGUCUUCAAAUUGCGCAACGCGACUCUCGUCCAGCGAAUGUCAAAGUUUAGAAGAAAACUUGUUCAGCGUUUCAUCGAAAAGGCCACCUUUCAGUGCGAAGACAUCAUAAACACCGCAUUUGCCAAAUGUCGAGAGUGGUUCAACAAAAAACUGACUGACUGUCUCUUGGGAUUUCCACUAAAUCCCAUUUGUACGGCAUACACCCUUGAUGCAGUAUGCAAUGUCAUGAAAAUGAUUGAUUUCCGGGAAUAUCACUGUAACAGCGACGCGACUGACAUCGAUAAGUAUGCAGAGGCAUAUGGCGCGAAAAUUGACGAAGCUCAGAACCUGACCGAACGCCUUGUAAACAGCUUUAAGCUGAACGUUCAGUUCAAAGCCAGGUUCCCAUUUCGGUUCCCAAAACUGAUUUCUCUUGCGCAGCUGAAAAGUUCAGUCGCUCAAGCUUUUUCAGUUUUGCGAGGCUUUUUUGCCACGAUCAGUACCAUCUUUACCGUUAUAUCGGUUAUGAUGAUUAUAUACUUUUUCAUAGUAAUCAUUUCUCUGGUGGAGAUCGACAAGCAGUUUUAUUACAUGCUGUCUCUGGUCAGAAAAUACAGCGGCGUUGUGGUGUCGCAAAAAGGUUUCCACGACAUAAAAGUGAAUAUUGAAGGCACCGGAGUGGUCGCGCAAAUGCUCACGUCCAUGCUGGGGAACUUCGACCGCUCAUACAGUGUGGAUCAGAUCUUAGACAACAUGCACUGCCGCAUCAACCCAACUGCCAGUUCAAUGGAAGAUAUUGCGUGGAUUUGGGGCCUCUUCGCGAUUUUUGUAUUUCAGUGUACUUUCGGCGUGUACUUGAUUCGCUUCCGACUGCUGAUCGCCUCGUUGCUGAUGCCGGACAGGCAGUACACUCGUAUACUUUGGCUGUACAACAAUAUGUUGCGCGAAAGAGCGUUGUUUAUUCGCCAACGAAAGAUCGAGAUCAACCGAAUGGCAAUGGACGACGAAUUCCCGCCGCCGACGUUCUUCCAGAUGCUGUUUGGCAAAGCUCGAUGCUUUUUCUGCGACGAAAAAAUUGGCAAGGAGUAUCAUUCUUGUUGGGACCACGAGCAGACCCUGCUCUAUUGCGACCCCUGCUGGAACGAGCUGUUGAACCAGCGUUGCGUCGCCUGCGAGCUGCAGUACGAAACGAUCGUGGAUGAGCAAGGGCGCAUGAAGGCAAAGUACAUUCAAAGGCAAACUCUCAGACGAAGGAGGCCGAGUUAG